CCGUACAUUUACAGUCCUGGCAAAAGAGAAAGUAACUAUGUUGUGGCUGGAGAUCAAUGAAGCCGAGUGAAUGGGGGGCUGAGUGCGCGGGUGCACACUGAGGCGGCGCCAGAUGGUGGAGGGCUGCGCUCCUUUAUGAAACUGUCUUGAGUUCUUCUUGAAUUGCCAGUGUUCGGCCUCCUCAUGCCUCCGUCUCCUUUAGACGACAGGGUACUAGUGGCACUGUCCAGGCCCGUCCGGCCUCAGGAUCUCAACCUUUGUUUAGACGCGAGCUACCUGGGCCCUGCCGCCCCGGGCGGUCACAGCCACCCUCCGGUCAUCGCCACCACCGUCGUGUCCCUCAAGGCUGCGAACCUGACGUAUAUGCCCUCAUCCAGCGGCUCUGCCCGCUCCCUGAAUUGUGGAUGCAGCAGUGCCAGCUGCUGCACUGUGGCCACCUACGACAAGGACACCCAGGCCCCGACCCCAGCCGUUGCCGCCGGCUCCACCACCACUGCCAUCGGCACCUCCGGCACCUGCCCCGCCACCCAGAUGGUCAACAACAAUGAGAACGCAGGCUCUCUGAGUCCGUCCGGUGGGGUGGGCAGCCCUGCGGCCGGGACCCCCAAGCCGCUAGCCAGCAUCAAAAUCAUCUACCCCAACGACCUGGCGAAGAAGAUGACCCGCUGCGGCAAGAGUCACCUGGCCAGCCAGGGCCCCGUCAUCAUCGACUGCAGGCCCUUCAUGGAGUACAACAAGAGCCACAUCCAAGGAGCCGUCCACAUUAACUGCGCCGACAAGAUCAGCCGGCGGAGGCUCCAGCAGGGCAAAAUCACCGUCUUAGACUUGAUCUCCUGUCGGGAAGGCAAGGACUCUUUCAAGAGGAUCUUUUCCAAAGAAAUUAUCGUUUAUGACGAGAAUACCAAUGAGCCGAGCCGGGUGACGCCUUCCCAGCCACUCCACAUAGUCCUGGAGUCCCUGAGGAGGGAAGGCAAGGAGCCUCUGGUGUUGAAAGGUGGACUCAGCAGUUUUAAGCAGAACCAUGAAAACCUCUGUGACAACUCCCUCCAGCUCCAAGAGUGCCGGGAGGUGGGGGGCGGCGCCUCCGCGGCCUCAGUGCUACCUCAGUGCAUCCCCACCACCCCCGACAUCGAGAACGCGGAGCUGACGCCCAUCCUGCCCUUCCUGUUCCUUGGCAACGAGCAGGACGCUCAAGACCUGGACGCCAUGCAGCGGCUGAACAUCGGCUACAUCAUCAACGUCACCACGCACCUGCCCCUCUACCACUACGAGAAAGGCCUGUUCAACUACAAGCGGCUGCCGGCCACCGACAGCAACAAGCAGAACCUGCGGCAGUACUUUGAAGAGGCUUUCGAGUUCAUUGAGGAAGCGCACCAGUGUGGGAAGGGGCUCCUGAUCCACUGCCAAGCCGGGGUGUCCCGCUCGGCCACCAUCGUCAUCGCCUACUUGAUGAAGCACACGCGGAUGACCAUGACUGAUGCUUAUAAAUUCGUCAAAGGCAAACGACCAAUUAUUUCCCCAAACCUCAACUUCAUGGGGCAGCUGCUGGAGUUCGAGGAAGACCUGAACAACGGGGUGACACCGCGAAUCCUUACACCAAAGCUGAUGGGCGUGGAGACGGUGGUGUGACAGCAGUCGGGACGGUCAGGGUCACUGGUCUCUGUUAGGAGACAGAGAGAAAGGAGAGCGGAUUAUUUCUUUGCUUUUUCUUUCCUGUUUUUUUUUUUUUGUUUUUUUUUUUAAGCUGGGGGUAAGGUUUGUGAACGGAAACAAACUCGUUUAAAAUCUUUUUAUUUUUAACCAGUGUGAGAAGAAUUUAACUUUUGGUGCCCAUUGAGAUUUACUUCCCAGGAACUGAUAAGGAAGAUUAUUAUAAGGAUCUCUCAACUCUGGCUAAGGAAGUGGGUUUUUUGUUUUGGGUUUUUUUUCAAGCCAACAAUAAACACGUAAUAAAACUUAUUUUUCCCCCCUUUCCUUUGAAGCUAUUUGUAGAGUUUAUGAUUAUAUAGUCUGUGCAGGUUCAUAGACCGAAUAUACACUUUGUACCAAUUUUAAAAAGAACCAAAAGACAGUAGAAAAGACAUUGGGUUAUGAAGACCUGGAUCUGCCGGGCCAUUCACGUAGAAAACAGACCCACCCCACCAAGCCCCGACCGGCUCACUGGUGCCGAGUGCAAUCAGGGCAGCGUAAGUGGUCUGCGGACCCUUCACGUUCCUGAAAGAGACAAAGAUACUGUUGAUUUUGUGUGUUUCAUACUCUGGAUUAUUAUAUUUUUCCCCUUUCUGGGUUUAAGAGAUUUUUUUUUGAACUAGCAAGGAACUGACCAUUCUACCAUAUGCCUUCACUGUGCAAUACUAGGGUGUUUUGAGUGUGCAAGCGAGUUAGAGCGGGCAGCCAGAUGCUAGGCAAAUAGUGCAGAUUUGCCAGCGUGGAGAGUCAAGAGAAUUCAAUGAAACCGAUUACUUUUCCUUCCCACCUUUUUCCUUUAAUUUUUUUUUUUUUUUGGAUUUGAUUCUGGUUACAGUGCCAUAAACCUUGUUACAUAUGUAUAUCAGAAUGUUAAAAAAAAAGACAAAAAUUUAUUUAAAAAUAUUUUUCGCAAAAAACAACAACUGGGUGUGUUUCUGUUGAUUUGUGUAAAGGUUUAUUUUCAUUAUAUAAAUG